AUGAAGAUUUUGACUGUCCCGCUGGUGGACUUCCAUGGGCUCCGACAACAAAGGGAGCGUAACGGUCCUGGAGCUGCUUCCCUCGUUUGGUCGCAGUGGGAGAACUUUGUCCGGCCUCACUGCUUCGAGGGGACACCGGGUGUGCAAGCUCCCCUUGAUGAAUCGUCGAGCCCGUAUGUUCGACAGAAUCCGAGAACCCCUUCAUCCCAUACGAAAGGUUGGGAGGACACAACACUGCGGGAGGUCCGCUCAUAUGUCGGCCUGAGGUUCCUCAUGGGUCUUCAGUCGAAGAGGGCCCAGAGGAACUUUUGGUCGACGGACCCGUUGAUAUCCUCAUCGGUGUUCGCCAGGACGAUGACCAGGGACCGCUACGACGCCCUUACCUCCGCUCUCCACUUCGCGGAUAACGAAGGGGAGCACGACGCGGAGGACCGGCUUCGGAAGCUCCGCACUGUGUUAUACGUCCUGGAAUCGACUUACCGGUCCAUUUCCGUCCCUAACAAGAAUGUGACCGUCGACGAGUGCUUGUGGGCCUUCAUGGGGCGUCAUCACACCCUGCAGUACAAUCCGAGCAAGAGGGCUCGGAGAGGACUGAAGGUCUGCAAGUUUUGCUCGUCCGACGGUCCUGAGGCAGGAUACACAGCGGCCUUCAAAAUCUACAUGGGGCAAGACCGCGGCGAAUUUCCUUCCAGUAUGAAGGCAGUCAACGACCUGCUGGAGAAGACAACUCUGUUCGCAAAGGGGUACCAGUUACACACCGACAAAUGGUAUUCCUCCCCGACUCACUUCCAAUGCCUGCAGACCCGGAAGACCAGCGCCGUUGGUACUGUCCGUACAACAGGCGAGGAUACCUCGACCUGCAGGGAACCUCCAUCCAUUUCAUGA